AUGAGUUACAGCUACCUCUUCAAGAUUGUCGUGGUGGGUGAUCACAACUGCGGCAAGUCAUGCAUUCUAUUGCGGUUCGCAGAGAACACCUUUCGGCAAGAUCAUAUCAGCACGUUGGGAGUCGAUUUUAAACUUCAGACCAUUAAGUUGGGAAGGGAUAAAGUCAGGUUAGAGCUUUGGGAUACUGCUGGGAUGGAAAGAUACAGGUAAUUUAGAAAGAGAUAUCAGACAUUCAAUGUUUAGAACCAUCUACAACUCCUAUUAUCAUUCAGCGCAUGGCAUAAUGUGCGUUUAUGACCUUACCAACGAAAAAUCCUUUGAGAAUCUGGAGACGUAUUGGUUGAGGGAGAUCAGGAAACACGCCCCCCAGAACGCAGUACUCUUAUUAGUAGGGAAUAAAGCCGAUAUGGAGAGUGAACGGAAGGUGGACUUUGACAGAGCCGAGAAGUAAGUGGUAUUAAUCAAAUCAAUCAGCAUUUUUUGGAAGUCAUUCUGAGUUACAAAUCGAUGUUUCAAAAAUGGAACUGCUUAUAUUCGAUUACUAAAUAAUGUUUCUUUUAGACUAGCCAAACAGAUUGGAGUUUCCCUAUACGAAGUAAGUGCCAAAACAGGAAUCAAUAUUGAAGAAGCGUUCAAUGAUUUGGCCAGUACGAUGAGAGAAAGAUUGUUGGCGCAGAGCAUGAACGGAACAGAUUCCGAUGACUCAGACCAACUCUCCUCCGCCUUUCAUGUGAACGGUGUGAUCACAGCAGAUGAGAAACUCCUUAGCGGUUCUUUUCCUUCCAUCCGUUGUUGCGGGUCUAACCCUUCUCCAACCUUCGUCUAA